AUGGUUCCGCAUAGCUGUCUUCUCUGCCAGUCAUGCACAUCGCUGCCGGAGAUUGACUCAGAACUCGAGACAUUAGCCCUCAACACGCUGAGGAUCCUGUGUCAUGCGACGUGGCGCGAGAGAGCCUGGAUUCUACAAGAGAUACUGCUCAGUCAGAACUACUUGCUGACUUGGGAUGAUAGUGGCGAGUGGCUCUCCCUUGCCGACACCGCUGUGAUUGCCGCACUCUUAUACCGUCGGAAUCUGGAAGAGACAUGGCUCGACGAGUUUGCGUCCUGGUGCCGCAGAUUAUGGUAUCUCAGGCAGAACUACGACGAAGCCCAAACGUACGAGCUGUGCGACGCGAAUGUGCUGCAGCUAGCUUCCACGCUUAGCGCGACGGUACCUUCGGAUAAGUACUAUGCCUUGUGUGGUAUGCUGCGACUCAAGAAUGUGAAGCCAAACCCAGCACAUAGUGCCAACGAAGCACUUGAGGUUAUCGUAAAUGCCUUGGUUCAAGAAGGCCGGAUGAGCUGGUUGUAUGCUGUUCCGCCAUCGCUUGGUGUUCCUAUGCAACUUCGAAAUGGAGAAAUGGCCCCAUUUGUCCUGACACGACUUGAAGAUCGUCUAAAGCCCAACAAGAAGCAUAACGCCGUUAUUCGGUCCAAAGAGCUUACUCUCGAUGCGAUACGACUCGGGCGGGUUACGGAGGUACUGCCACUCUCACAGGUCCUGGAGUCAGCAUCCAACCACCUACGCGAGACCCGCGAUUUUGACUUCUCCGAAAGUAUAGCCUUCAUCGACGAGCCUCUGAUCCAGGAGAUGUGUGAAGGCGCUGCCGAGGAAGACGUGCAAAUCGUUAGAUCAGCCGCUGCAUCACUCUAG